AUGGCCCCCGAUCUCAACUCCAUGCCCUCCUCCCCCCAUAUUCCCGUCAACAGCACCCGCGGCCAGGCAGCCCCGGCUCCUGUAGCGGUGGGAGACUCUGACCAGCCUAAUGUCCUCUUCAUCAUGGCAGACCAAUUGGCUGCACCUUUGUUGAAGAUGUACAACCCAGAUUCUCAAAUCAAAACUCCUAACCUUGACGCACUUGCGGCAAAGUCUGUCCAGUUUGAUUCUGCCUACUGUCCCUCGCCUCUGUGUGCCCCUUCGCGUAUGAGUUUGAUCACUGGUCUCUUGCCCAUGAAGAUUGGCGCAUACGAUAACGCGGCUCAGAUCUCAAGUGAUUGGCCAACCUACGCGCAUUACCUGAGGGUCAAGGGUUACCAUACGGCACUUGCCGGAAAAAUGCACUUUAUCGGUGACCAACUCCACGGCUACGAGACUCGUCUGACUGCCGACAUCUACCCGGGAGACUAUGGCUGGGCCGUGAACUGGGACGAUUCGGAAAGACGGCUAGAAUGGUACCACAAUGCCAGCUCCAUUCUCCAGGCUGGCACCUGCGUGAGGAGCAACCAGCUCGACUACGACGAGGAGGUCAUGUACAAGUCAACCCAAUUUCUGUACGAUCAAGUUCGUGAGGGUCCCAACAAGAGACCAUUCUGCCUGACUGUCUCGCUCACACACCCACACGACCCCUACACGAUCGAAGAAAAGUACUGGGAUCUGUACGAGGGUGUCGACAUUGACCUGCCCAAGGUGUCCAUUCCCCGGGAAGAGCAAGAUGCACACAGCAAACGAUUAUUGAAAGUCUGCGACUUGUGGGAUGAGAACUUUUCCGACGAGCAGGUUAAGCGGGCCAGGCGAGCAUAUUAUGGUGCUGUGAGCUAUGUCGAUGACUGCAUCGGGCGUCUCUUGGCGACGUUGAAGCAGUGCCGCCUUGAUAAGAAUACCAUCAUUGUCUUUAGUGGUGACCAUGGAGACAUGUUGGGUGAGCGAGGACUGUGGUACAAGAUGAACUAUUUCGAGGGGUCGGCCCGAGUUCCACUCUUGAUUUCGGACCCUUCGCGUUUUGAACCUCGACGUGUCAAGCAGAAUGUUUCAACUCUCGACAUCCCAGCAACGCUGUGUGACUUGGUUGGGACGAAGCCAUUCCCGGGUCUGCCAAUGGAUGGCCAAUCCAUGCUACCACAUCUUGAAGGCCGCGAGGGUCACGACACGGUCAUUGCCGAGUAUACGGGUGAGGGCACAAUCAGUCCUCUCAUGAUGAUCAGACGUGGGCCCUGGAAGUAUAUCACUUGCCCCACGGAUGCACCCCAGCUUUACAAUCUGGAACAAGACCCUCUUGAACUAGUCAACCUGGCCAAAUUGGCGGAUAGGGAGAAUCUGACAGCCGAGGAAGAAGAAGCCAAGGCUAAAUUUCUCAAAUUCGAAGCAGAAGCCAAGGCACGGUGGAACUUUGAACAGAUUACCGAGGAGGUACUUCUUUCUCAGAGAAAGCGCAGAUACGUCUGGGAUGCUCUCAAGAUCGGUCGAUUCGACUCCUGGGACUUUGACCCAGCCAAGCACGAGGAUGGUACAGCCAAGUACAUACGAUCUUUCCUACCCCUCGAUGACCUCGAACGCAAGGCCAGAUAUCCGGUAGUGGACAAGUACGGUCGCGAAACGGGAAACAUAUUGCUUGCGGACCAGGCUGGUUCGCAUGGCCAAUAA